GUGGUAAACCAGAAGUUGCCCAGAGCAGAGUCAUUGCUGGUCAAAAUGCUAACAGAGGAUCAUGGCCUUGGCAAAUUCUCAUGCUAUUUAAUAGGAGAACAAUGUGUGGUGGCUCUAUAAUUGCUCCUUAAUGGAUUGUCACUGUGGCUCAUUGUGUAUCUGGGAGGGAGUCUUACGCACGUUACUUCAAAGUUAGGUAAAAUCCCAAGACGUUUUGAAAAUUUAUAAAUUGUUCAACAUAAAUAGAAAAUAGGCCACAUGAACAAUAUUUUGGAAAAGAUGGAAAACAUAUCGAAUGGAAUAGGAGAGAGAAAACAGGCUUCUUAUGUCUAAAAUAUAGCAGUUUUUUCUUCAUUGUAUAUUGAUUACAAACCUGCACACUCAAUGGACCAAAACCUCAAGUUAGUAUUGAUUGUUUCUUUACAAGUUUCAUAUCACAACCCUAGUAGAAUUAUUCAGAACAAUAAAUACUGGCAGUAAUUAACAUAAUUUGGGAGCUCUUUUGCUUCAAUCUCGUUUAUUUUUUAGACCUCAGCCAUUUCAAGUUUUCAUGAUAGGAUUAUAGAAAUAAUCUCUACGAAGCCAUACAAAUCGAGGCAUUUUCACAAAUUUUUAGAGUUCAUUUCAUUUGAAAAAAUACUCAAUUACAUUCUAACCUAUCAUAUACAGUUAUAGGUUAAAGCAUAAGAACAUAUUUUUGUUGGAACUAGCGAUAAAGCGAAUGAAUUUAUUAAUACCUGUGAGCAUAUUAUCUUGAUAGAGUUGGAGAGCAUAUUACGUCAACAACAAGCGAUGGACAACAUACUGAUAUGCAGGUUGAAAGGAUCAUUUCCCAUCCAAGCUACUCAAGAAGCACAAUCAAUAACGAUAUUGCAUUGAUGAAAAUCUGUCCGCCAAUUCAGUUUGGAAAAUACGUGAAGCCAGUUUGUUUGCCUGGACAAGACCAAAAUGUCCCAGUUGGAACUAAUUGUUUCAUCACAGGUAUAAUUAUCACUGACAAGAUGGUUUGUGCUGGUCACGGAGGGACAACUCGUGUGAGUGGAUGCCAUGGUGACAGCGGUGCACCAUUUGUGUGCCAAACUGGAGCCAAUGCCUCUUGGGUUCUCCAUAGCGCUGUGAGCUGGGGAUCUGGACGCUGUGAUGCAACAGUGGGUUACAGUGUCUUUGCAAGAGUUGCCAAAUUCAGAAGCUGGAUCGAUCAACAGAUAUCAACAUAUUAAUAGACUAGUAUAAUUUAUUUACUCCAUUUCAAUUAUGAAUAUUUAUCCUAGCAAAUCACAAAUAUUGUCUUUGAUUCGUCCUUUAUUUUAUUAUCUGUCCUUGAUGAACUUCAAGGCAUAAACCACCACUCCUAUACUUAACUCCGUAAAACUAUUGAAAGACUAUACUGAAAGGUUAUUGAAGAAUACAUAUGAUCAGAAAUUUGUCCGCUAAAAUACUUUUCUUCCUCUUGAUAAUUUUAAGUGAUCGACAUUUUUUGCCAGCGGUGAAUCUGGCUAUAAAAAUCUGGGGAGGGGAGGAGGUUAG